AUGUCUGCCUCCGCUUCUUCCCUCUCUCUCACUUCCUUCAACCCUAAAUCCCUUCCUCUCUGCGUCUCCAGGUCCGCUUCCCUUUCCGUCUUGCCUCCUUCCCUCUCCUUCAAACUCCACUCCGACCAUCUAGUCUCCCUCUUCGCUUCCUCCGCCGUCAAAUUCUCAGCCCCCUCGGAGUACCCGUCGCGGUUCGUCAGAAAUGUCGCCGUUUCCUCGGAUUUCGAGGUGGAGGAAGACGACAUGUUCGGUGAAGACGAUUCGCCGCCGCCGGAGAGAAACACCUUCUCUAAUGACCUCAAGCUCUUCGUCGGUAACCUUUCCUUCAACGUCGAUAGCGCUCAGCUAGCUCAGCUGUUUGAGAGCGCCGGAAAUGUUGAGAUGGUUGAGGUUAUCUAUGACAAAGUGACUGGCAGGAGCAGGGGUUUCGGAUUUGUGACAAUGUCCACUGCAGCUGAAGUUGAGGCAGCAGCUCAGCAAUUCAAUAACUAUGAAUUUGAAGGCAGACCCUUGAGGGUUAACGCUGGACCUCCUCCACCUAAGAGAGAGGAGUCCUUCUCCAGAGGACCAAGAAGUGGUGGUUACGGCUCUGAGCGUUCCGGUGGUUACGGUUCUGAGCGUUCCGGUGGCUACGGGUCUCAACGUUCUGAGCGUUCAGGUGGCUACGGGUCUCAACGUUCUGAGCGUUCCGGUGGCUACGGGUCUGAACGUUCCAGCUAUGGUUCUGGGUCAGGUUCGGGAUCAGGGUCAUCGGACCGUAUCUACGUGGGAAACCUUUCAUGGGGUGUCGAUGACUCGGCUCUUGAGAACUUGUUCAGUGAGCAAGGAAAAGUUGUAGAGGCCAGAGUCAUCUACGACAGGGACACUGGUAGGUCCAAGGGUUUUGGGUUUGUGACGCUAGGCUCUGCUCAAGAGGUCCAAAAGGCCAUCAAUUCACUGAAUGGAGCAGAUUUGGAUGGUAGACAAAUAAGAGUCUCGGAAGCUGAGGCAAGGCCACCAAGGCGUCAAUUUUGA